AUGAAGAGAGAGUAUUUUGUCAAUGGCAAGCCCAGUGUCACACAGAUCGUGGUGGCCUCUUCCGUUGGGUUGGUAAUUGCUGCAGCAAUCCAUUAUCGCCUAAAAUGUUUGAGAGAUGGAAAGAUCAUCCCACGUUUGAGAUUAUCAAAGGCUGGCGAAACUCCAAAGCUUGAGAGAUUCUCUCAUUACGUAGCUAGGCAAAUGGGGUUCAAAGAUAGAAAGAACUGUCCUAACUUAUGUAAAUUGGCUUCUGAAUACAUAAGAAAAUCUGAGGGAUGUGAAGAUGAUAUCUAUGCUUUCUUUGAACAUGAACAAAAUGCAGAUUCACUUUUUGUCAAACUUGUGGAGGAGUUUGAGAGAUGCAUUCUUAGUUACUUUGCUUUCCAUUGGAGUCUUGGCGAUUUAUUGAUAAGUCAGGUCUUGAGCUCUGACACUGAGCCAAAAAAGAAGUUCAAGCACAUGGUUAUGGCAGCAACUAGGGAUCAAAGGGUUGAAAGGGUAACAAAGAAUUUGAAGGUGGCUAGAGUUUUCAAUACAUUAGUAGAAGAGAUGAAAGCAAUGGGACUUGUAUCAAAUGAUGACAAUCGAUGCACGGAGGUUAUGGCACCGGUGGCUCACAGUGAUAGGAGUCCUGUGCUCCUUUUCAUGGGUGGUGGUAUGGGAGCUGGCAAGAGCACUGUGCUUAAAGACAUUCUCAAAGAGCCUUUCUGGGUAGGAGCAGCUAGCAAUGCUGUUGUCAUUGAGGCAGAUGCAUUUAAAGAAUCAGAUGUUAUCUAUAGGGCCCUUAGCUCAAGAGGACAACAUCAUGACAUGAUUAAGAUGGCUGAAUUGGUACACCAAUCGUCAACAGAUGCGGCCUCAUCACUCCUAGUAACGGCACUAAAUGAAGGACGAGACGUGAUUAUGGAUGGAACAUUUUCUUGGGUACCAUUUGUUGUGCAAACAAUAACAAUGGCUAGGAAUGUCCACCGCCGCCGUUACCGAAUGGGAGCUGGCUACAAGGUGAAUGAUGAUGGAACUGUAACAGAGAAUUACUGGGAACGAAUUGAAAAUGAAGAACCUGAAGAAGUUGGAGGAAAAAAGAGGAAACCAUAUAGGUUAGAGCUUGUCGGAGUAGUAUGUGAUGCUUACCUUGCAGUCAUCAGAGGCAUAAGGAGAGCUAUCAUGUGCAGAAGAGCAGUAAGAGUGAAGUCACAAUUGAAAUCACACAGAAGAUUUGCAGAUGCAUUUAUGACUUAUUGUCAGCUAGUAGAUAAUGCAAGGCUAUACAGCACAAAUGCUUUAGAAGGCCCCCCCAAAUUGAUAGGAUGGAAAGAAAGAGACAAGACAUUGCUAGUUGAUCCAGAUGAAAUUGAUUGUUUGAAGAGAGUUGCUAGGUUGAAUGAAGAUGCUGACUCCAUAUAUGAACUUUACAAGCACCCUAAUCCAACUUGUGAAGCAGGAUCUAUAUGGAAAGACAUUGUAUUAUCCCCUUCAAGGUUGAACAUUCAACAAGAGCUCAAGUGUGCAAUUCAAAAGGUUGAGAUAUUUGCAAUGCAAAAUCCUAACUUGUUGAUGGACAAGUGA